GGAACCCUAAUAAACCCUAGUUUUCUCUCCGAUCCUUGUUCCUCGCGGCGCGGCGUCUCCCAUCGCUCCUCUCUCCCUCUCUCUCGAAACUCCGAAAUCAUCGUCAAUGGCGUCGCCGGGAGCGCCAUCGUCCUCCUGCUCCAUGGAGAUCGAGGCCGCCGGAGCCCCUCCCCCAUCCCCCGCCGCCGCCGCCGCCGCCGCCGCCGCUCCGCCGCGCCCGCACUUCGAGGCGCUGAAGCCGCACGAGAUGUCGGACAGGAGGGUGCAGUUCCGGAAGGUUCCCGUGCCGCCGCACCGCUUCGCCCCGCUGAAGCGCUGCUGGAUGGAGAUCUACACCCCCGUCUACGACCAGAUGAAGAUCGACAUCAGGAUGAAUCUUAAGGCUCGAAAGGUGGAGAUGAAGACCAGAAGGGACACCCCAGACGUGAGCAACCUACAGAAAUGUGCCGACUUUGUCCACGCCUUUAUGCUUGGAUUCGACAUUGCCGACGCCAUUGCCCUCCUGCGCCUCGAUGACCUCUACGUGGAUUCCUUUGAGAUUAAGGAUGUGAAGACCCUUCGCGGCGAGCACCUCUCUCGCGCCAUUGGUCGGCUUUCAGGCAAAGGUGGGAAGACAAAGUUCGCCAUUGAGAAUGCUACGAGAACACGAAUUGUGAUCGCGGAUUCUAAGAUCCACAUUCUUGGAUCAUUUGUAAACAUUAAGGUGGCUCGCGACUCUCUCUGUAGCCUUAUAUUGGGAUCGCCUGCUGGGAAGGUGUAUUCCAAGCUUAGAGCUGUCAGUGCUAGAUUGGCUGAGAGGUAUUGAAUCUAACAACAAUUUUUAUUCCUUUUGUUUUUCUUUUCUUUUUUGGGUUUCUGAGAGAAUAGUAUGAGUGGCCAAUUAUUUAUGCAUCCUGUAGGAUGUGAUCUUUGCGAGUUUGCUGGUAGUAAUUUUUGUCAACUCCUGAGCGAAUUAUUCAACAAGUGACUUUCUGUAGAAUGUGUUGUGUUACUUGUUUUCUGAAGAACAUUAAUUAUAUCAUCAUUACUAUGCAUUGAAAUAUAGUUUUACUGGAAA